AUUUUCUAUUCUACCCACUCUGGGUCGCUUUAAUUCCGCGCUUUCUUAGCUUUUCUGCGAAAAAUCCAACUUCAAGAAAGAAUCGGUACUCUCGGACCCAUACCGGAAUAUUUUUGGUUUCUAUUCUCCACCGAGCGUGGUCGGUCAUCUCUGACUCUCUCUCUUUCUCUCUGUCGAGUUCUGAAUUUUGGAGAACACAAUCGUUAAAAAGGUAUCUGCUGAAACAUAUAAUCCUGAGCAAGGAGGUGAAGACAAAUAUUUUGUUCAUCCUGUUUGGUGCAAAGAGGUCCUGACUCUCCUAACGAUUUUGGUUAACUUUGUAAUCAAAGAAGAGAGAGGGUACUGACUCGUGGAGAAACUAUAAUAUCUGCGAGCCUAGGGACCUCUCUCAUACUACAUUAAUCUUCAUCUUCUUUCUGCUAAGAAAGUUUUCUUUAGUAGCUAUGCAUAAUAUAUUGAAUCCUUGUGGAUGAGACUGGAAAAACACUUUACGGGCUUCAAGUUUAAUAAGAAAUUGAAGCUGCAUUAUGGGUGCUGUUUGUUGCUGUCUGCAAGUUGAGGAUUUUGAAGAAUAUGUAAAUCCUAACAGCUCGGUUUACAGAAAUUGUAUCUGCCUCAGAUGCUUUGUUCAGAACUUCAUAAAUGCGUACACAGUGUUAUUCCGAAGAGGGGAAGUGCAUGCCAUCUCUUCAUCAAUUCAGGGGGCUACUUUGACUUCAACAGCAUCAAUUGACAAUUCUCUGUCCGACAUGUACCGUUCUCCUCCAAGGCCUCUGCCUUAUGAUGCUGAUCCCAGACGUUUCCGUUUGCAGCGGGAUGGUCUGGUCUCAAGGCGUGAAAAGGGUUCAAGUCAUUUACAUGAGGAAUCUGAACCACUUAGAGCAAGUGACACAGAUGCAGAUCAAGAAUCUUUAAGUGCAGGAGACAAGUGGAACGAAUCAGAUUGUGAAGGGGGAUCCAAAGAACGUCGAUCUGAGUCCUCACUGAAGCACCCAUUGGCAAAGGUGAUGGGUGGAGUCGGAUAUGUUUAUUCUUCUGCAGAAGAUGAAGAAGUCUGCCCUACAUGUCUUGAUGAAUAUACUCCAGAAAACCCCAUGAUAGUGACAAAAUGCUCUCACCAUUUCCACCUUGGUUGUAUAUAUGAAUGGAUGGAGAGAAGUGACAGCUGUCCAGUCUGUGGAAAGGUAAUGGUCUUCGAUGAAACUCCUUGAUUUCCCUUGAAAGUUUCAAUUCAGAGAUGAAGCCUGCAGACAAACAAGAAGUUUUAAAAAAAAAAAACAAAAAAAAAACUGUAAAGUCUUUGUGAAUACCCCAGUUGAAAGAAGUCUUCAUCAAGAAAAUAGAUGUUGAAGCAUUAACUUAUUUCCCGAAUAGAUGUUGAGAGGUUCUGUAUACCCUAUUGUAAGUACAUGUUUUAAGCUCAUGUCUUCUCAUCCUCUCUAACAUGGAUACAUUGAAUGCCCCUAUCUGAAUAUGAUUUCUUUAAUAGAUUUAUUUACAAGGUAAAUGAAACUUGAUGGACUGAAGAGGAAACUUAGAAAACAUGAUAUGGAGAUGAUAUGCUUAUUUGCCCCCUUGGAUGGUUGUAGGCUGGGUUAUCAGAAAUUCUACCUCAAUAUACAGAAACAGUGUUGAUUGAAUUGGAUAUUUCAUGAUGAAGCUUUAUUGAUUAUUAC